AUGGGUGCCGCUGUCAUUCAUUUCCAGGAUUUUGAUGCUGAGGUCCUGGAAUGUCUGACUAUUCCCAAUGUGAAUGCUAAUUGUCUAAAGAAGUCUCAAAAUUUGGCUACAGAUGUGGCAGAUCAAGCAGAACUCCGUUUUUUUGCUGGUGACUGGAGUGAAGUCCAUCAAAUUCUCCCUCAUAUAGUUACCAGUGGAAAGGACACAAAUUAUUGCUCAGGGCGGAUCAAUCUCUGCUCUCCCUAG